AAUCUUUUUGUAAAUUAUGUUUAUGAUAUUUUGUAAAAUUAGUAAAAUUUGGUAAAAUAUAGUUAAGGGAAUGUUAAGGUUAAAUAAUAGAGUGAUAAUAAGGCUGUUUGGCCAGGAUUCAUUUAACUUUUUACAAGGCUUAAUUAGCAGUGAUUUGAGACUAGUUAAAGCAGAUGAAACAAGGCCCGCGCUGUUCUUAUCAGCCCAGGGGCACAUUGUGGCGGAAUCCCUAAUUUUCACACACGAGGGAGAUUAUUACCUGGAUUCCCUGAAAAUUAAUCAUAACAAAAUAUUAAAUAUCAUUAAUAAGAGGAAAUUGGCUUCAAAAGUGCAAACUGAUACCACUGAAUCCGAGGUGUACGUAAGCACAUUGGAUUCCGAGUUUUACACACAUUUUAAACCAGGAAAAACUAAAGAAAAUAAAAACCUUAUUAAGCUUUUGGAUACUAGGAAUCGAUUAUUCGGACAUAGAUACUACUGGAUAUCAAAUAAUACAGUUUGUGGACUUGAUCAAGUUGAAUCAAAUAAGCUUGGUAAUAAUAACUUGGAUAAAAAUCAAGAGAACUUGAGUGUGUAUGACAAACUGUUGCUGAUGAAUAAUUAUUUGAUGGACUUGAUGAUGAAUGAAGAUGGGUUUGAAAAGUAUAAAUUGAUGCCAUUUGACUUGAAUCUUCAGAAUUUUAAUUAUAUAAGUAGUGAUAAGGGUUGUUAUGUAGGCCAGGAAAUUAUUAAUCGCAUUAAUAAUAAGGUGUUAAUAAAUAAAUAUAAACUCUAUAUAGCAGUAAGUGAUGACCUUAAAAAUCAAUUGAAAAAUAGUAAUAAUAGUAUGGAAAUGAGUUUUUUAAACCAGUUACCUCUUUUAAACUCUGUUCAAAAGGCUUUUAGUGGUAAUUUAGAAAAUGGUAUAAAUUACAAUUUUUUCAAAACAUUUGAAAACUUGAGGAUUGUUUCAAAUGAUAAUUUAUCAUUUUCACCUGAUGUAAAAGAGCUAAUUAGUAAUAAGAGGCUAAUUCCAAUCCUGUUUGAUAACAAGUUUGGUUUUGUACUACUAAACCGCAACAUACACUUGAAAAUUUUAACUGUUGAUGGUCAUCAAUACACACUUUAUAAUAUUUAA